AUGCUUUAUUCAGUAUUUACUUUCAUAGGAACUGGCAGAAAGAAGCCAAUAUUUAAUUAUGAGCUAUGGAAUGUAUACGAACGUGUCAUUAACAACCUUCCUCGAUCUAACAAUUCAGUCGAAGCGUGGCAUUGCGCAUUCGCUAAUCGUGUAUCGAUGGCUCAUCCUUCAACUGCAAAACUUGCUGAUAAAAUUCGUCGAGAGCAGUCAAAGUUUGAAAUUGAUAUUCAACAAAUGCUUCAAGGGCAUCAACCACAACUCAAAAAAUUAGUUUAUCGAAAACUUAAUGAAAGAAUGAUACGUGUAGUUAAUAUGUACAAUAAAAAUGAACUUAACCAAUAUUUAAACAAUAUUAGUGCCAAUAUAAUAAUUUGA